UCCUUCAGUUUAUCCAUUUACAAUUUCGUGAGUGGGUGUGUUAAAUUGUGUAUUUUUAUGGACGAAAUAAAUGUUUGAAAACGAAACUGCAGUGAUCCUAUGUGAGGCAAUAAAGAUGUGGUCUACAUAAUACGUGCUUUUUCUUAUGAGUUAAUCGAAUAAUGACGUGGAAGUGUGAUACGUAACUAAAUCAGUAUUCUUCGUAUAGUGAUUGUUCCUAUAAUCACCGCUACCAUGCCGGGUCUUAUUGGCAUUGGCGAAUUUAUCGAGGAAACACGAGAGGAUUACAAUUCACCAACUACCUCUACGUUUGUUUCUCGAAUACCACAAUGCCGGCAAACUAUCACUGCCUUGGAAGAGACGCUAGAUUUCGACCGAGAUGGCCUAACAAAGCUCAAGAAAGCUAUAAAAGCUAUACACAAUUCUGGAAAUGCACACGUCGACAAUGAAAUGUACCUCUCUCGUGCGCUGGAGAGGCUUGGAGGUAAUGCUCUCAGUAAGGACUCGGAGCCAGACAUUGGGGCCGCCUUCUUCAAAUUUGCCGUCGUCACUAAAGAACUGUCUGCACUUAUGAAAACUUUGAUGCAGAAUAUAAACAACAUAGUCAUGUUUCCCAUAGACAGCCUUUUGAAGGGAGACCUACGAGGUGUGAAGGGUGACCUCAAAAGGCCGUUCGACAAAGCAUCCAAAGACUACGAGUCGAAGUACCUGAAAAUUGAAAAGGAGAAAAAGUCACAAGCGAAGGAAGCCGGCCUAAUUCGUAGUGAGGUGACGCCGGCCGAAAUUGCUGAUGAGAUGGAGAAGGAGAGGAGAUUAUUUCAACUGCAAAUGUGCGAGUAUCUGAUAAAAUUCAACGAGAUUAAAACGAAAAAAGGGAUAGAGUUGUUACAACACCUCGUAGAAUAUUACCACGCCCAGACGAACUAUUUUCAAGAUGGACUGAAAACUAUUGAGCAUUUUGGAGUGUACGUUGCCGAUCUAAGCGUGCAACUGCAGAAGAUAAGGCAGCAACAAGACGACGAGAGGAGGAGGCUUCUUGAAUUACGAAAUAUGUUGAGGGCGGCCGCUCCACAGGAUAGAGAGGCCGCUUCAACGGUCGGGGGCUAUUCUCUUCACCAACUCCAAGGCGACAAGCAGCACGGAGUCACCCGUAGCGGGUACCUUCUAAAGAAAUCAGAAGGCAAAGUGAGACGGGUCUGGCAGAAGAGACGAUGUCGAGUCACAGCUGAAGGAUACUUGGAUAUUUUUCACGCCGACGAAAAUAAGACCCCGGCGAGAGUGAACCUAUUGUUGUGCCAGAUUAAAGUAGCUGCGGAGGACAAGAGAGCAUUCGAUCUAGUCUCAUGUAGCCGUACCUAUCAUUUUCAAGCAGACGAUGAGAAUGAGCAGCACGCUUGGACUUCAGUACUUGUAAAUUGCAAGGAAGGUGCCCUCAUGAGGGCAUUCCAUCAACAGGGGGGUGAGAGUAACGACACGGGUCAUUCCUUCCUGGAUCUGCAGAGGUCCAUCAUCAGGGCUGUUAGGUCCAUGCCAGGGAACCAGGUCUGCUGUGACUGUGGAUCUGUUAAUGAUCCGACUUGGCUGUCAACAAACUUCGGUAUAAUAGUGUGUAUAGAAUGUUCUGGAAGCCACCGGGAACUCGGUGUACACAUCUCACGGAUACAAUCUUUGACUUUGGACCGGCUUAGCACGUCUCAGUUACUCCUCGCACGGCACAUGGGCAAUCAGACAUUCAAUGACGUCAUGGAAAACACCCUGGACGAGAGGCUAAAGUUAAAACCUGGUAGUACAAUGGAUGAAAGGUUAAGGUUCAUUCGGGAGAAAUAUGUGUAUCGUGCGUGGGCGGCGCGGACGUGUAGGGAUGAAGCUGAGAGGUUGUCGGAGGUUGAACACGCAGUUAACAAUGGACACCUGCAGAAUUUAUUGCAGGCGUAUGCGGAGGGCGCUGAUUUGGCUGCCACAUUGCCAAGUUCGGACUGCGGUGAAACAGCCCUACACCUAGCAAUAUCUCGCGAGCUGGGUGACGGGUCCUGCCUUCAUAUAGUAGAUUUUCUAGUCCAAAACGGUGGCUCCCAGCUCUUGGAUAAGGCCACUGCAUCCGGUAUGACGGCUUUGCACCUGUGCGCGGCGAUAGAUAGGACAGAGCCGAUGAAACUCCUGCUAAAAGCUGGAGCCGAUAUUUCUGUGAGGGAUGGAAACGGACGGACGCCAUUACAGGUCGCGAGGCAGUUGGGCCAUAUUGCUUGCCAGGAAUUGUUGGAGAGUGUUGAUAAAAGAGAAAAGAGUAUAUUUGAAAAUAUAAAUAUUGAUUGGAACUUGUCACAUGAUGAAGGGUCAACAGACUUCUCAGAUGAUGAUACAGUGAUUGACGAACGGCAAAACGGCAGCGUGACACCAGAAAAGAAAUGUCCGCGUUCUCGUCCGCCUUCGUACGCAGGUGGUGGAGGGGGAGGGGAAUCCCCCGUACUCCGAUCGCGAUCGUCGACGUGUGACUCGCUUCAGCAUCCCCCUACACCUACCACGUUGCCACGGAAACCAAAUGUUUAUAACCUAAACAGCUUAAAGAAGCGUGUGGCUCCCCUACCACCAGCCGUAUCGCUACCUCAUCCCCACCCCCACCAUCGCUCUACACCCUCCCCCUCGCCAUCCGACUCUAGAUCUAUACAUAGUGGAACAGUGAAAUAUCGGCCUCAACAGCCGCCUCCUACACCGCCACCCUCACAUUCCAUGCAUAACGGGGCACAUACAGACGAACCUACGCCACCGCCUAGAAAGAAGAAAAAUAGAUUGCAACCGGAAAAGGCUGACAAAUCGAAACUGAGAAGGGAAUGUUCUAGUCAAGAUUCAUCGCUGGAGCUAUGCGAUAUAUCAGACGGUUUAGACGAUAGUCGUCUUCAGUCGGCGUUGUCGUGUGACAGUUCGCGUUCGAGAGAGAGAUCGCGGCGGAGUGACAGUCGCUCACUUGAUAUUUCUGACACCUCUAGUGUUCAUUCGAGGUCACCAUCGGCUUCUAUAACGAUGAUGGGCGGUACAAGACGAUGUAGGGCCCUAUAUGACUGUUCCGCUGACAACGAGGACGAGUUAUCGUUCCGCGAAGGCGAAGUAAUUGUGGUUAUCAACGAGAGAACUGAAGACGACAACUGGAUGGAAGGCCAGGUAGAAGGAACAAAUCGUAGGGGAAUGUUCCCCGUCUCUUUCGUACACAUGCUACCAGAUUAGAGAGACCGAGACGGAUAUAGUUGCUACAUUACGGCUUAAAACGUACUGCAACGUUUGGUUAUCGUAAUUUCAAACAGAUGCGAGCUAAGUCUAGAGUAGACGCAAUUGGUCUCUUCUAGAUAAUAUUAUUCAUAAUUUGUAAUUAUACUGUUUGUCACAUUCUUUCAAAUGGAUAAACAUGCUUGUUUGAUAGAGACAAAGCAGUACGCUUAUAAAGGUGGUAGAUGUUAGCGAUAUUCGAAACGCCAAGUAUGAGAUUUAGUGAUACUUUAGCUCAAGCUAUCUAUUGAGAAUUUCCUUAUAUACUGAACUCUAUAUGGGCCUAAAGCUUUCGGCGUUCAUUUGACGGCUAUGAGCUUAUUUACAUAUAGUAUUUUGUAUUCAAUACAUUAUGUACUUUGGAAAUUAACAUUGAUAUAUGGGUAUUUUAUUACAUUUGAUGCAACAGUUUCAUGAAUUUAAUACUUUCACAAGAGCUUAAAGCAUUCUAAUCCAGACUAUCUGAAUACAUACAAAGAAUAUUAUAUUGUUGUUAACAAAGUCUUCAUACUGAAGAAAAAACACGUCUGUUUACCUAUUAUAUUAUAACGCGUGUAAUAUUUAUAUUAUUACACGCGUUAGAAUAUACUUCUUUGGCGUAACAAGCUAAAAAUCUUUUUCAAAAUUUUAUCUUUCGCCUUUCUACGUUGGUAGAAAAACUACUCUAGCAAAAGAAAAAAAACUAAAAUGUUUAUGCCUUAAGGUGUCGGUUUUAUGUGACGGUGUGUGCGCGCAUCGCAAAAAAUGACUCGAAUCAUUUUUCCCUAACGCGCCAAAAGAAGUAUAAGUUGAAAAACUUAAUUCAUGUAAAUGACGGAACCAGUUUCGAAUAGAAUCUUUGAGCCAAUAAGAAAGAAAUACGAAAAGAAAGAAAGAAAUCGACGUUGUGAUAACUAAGCACAAUUUAUACAGUAUUAAAAUGGUCUCGUUUUUUUCCAUUAAUAUACAUUGUAAAACAUUUCAUAACGCUCAAAACUUCUAACUCGAGAAAAUGAGAGUAUACUGCUUUCUCGUUCUUUGGAAUUACGAAGAAAAGAGAUAGAUACAGGUUAAACAGUUGCGUCAGAAUUUCUAUACUGCUACGAAUUUAUAACACCAAUAUUGUAAGUGCCAACAGACACUCCGUCCCAUCGCGGGUUUUAUUUAUUGACAACUUCAUAUAAAAUACACCUUUACUGUAAUAAAAUGCGUAAACUAUCUGAUUGAUGAGGAUUAUUAAGUAAAAAUAAAUAAAUAAAUUUAAAAGAUUUGUUUAACUAUAAUUGGGACGAACUAGUUUGCGCAUAAAAAGACAUCUAUCUAUUUUGAGUUAAAACUUUGGUCGUUAUUUCUAUUAAGGCUUUUUCGUGUAUGAAUAUGUACUACUAAAGGAAUUAUAUAUAUUUAUAUAUCCUUGUGCGUCUAUAAAAUAUUAUUAGUUAAAUUCCGAUCCAAUUUGCAACGCACAAUUUCUUUUAUACUUUCUAUUAAUAUUUGUAUUAAAUCAUAUUAAACCGUUUGCCGUUUUGCUCAAAGGGGUGAUGAACAUAAAAUCGUAAAUAUUGAAUGUAGUGCCAUUAAGAUUUUUCACUUAUAGCUUUAGUACUUUUGCUCAAAAAACACUGUUUUUGGCUGAAUAGAAAAAAAAUAAAGUGUUUUUUUGUCAUUUUGUACAAUAAAUAUAAGUUAUUUGAUCUCUUAAAAGAGUAACUUAAGUUAGCUGAUUAACGUCCCGUUAUCUCUUCAAAGGUUUUGAGAAAAUUUGGUGGUGAAAAUUCAGUGAACAUCAGCCUAAAAAUUAAUUUGCUACUCUUAGUUUAUACUCGAGCUCAUAAUGAUUUGCCAAAUAUUUCAGAAAUGUAAAUAAUUAUAAAUCUAUUGGACCAGUGACCAGUUUGUUGUAGAUGUUUCUCGUAGAAUCAUAUAGAUUGUUGCUACAUGUUGUCUAUAGAAAUCUAUGUAUGUGUUCUAAGCCGUAAGUUACGCUAACAAUAACCUCAAAUGCAAAACGUAUAUUUACGUAAAAUUAGAAGUAGAGUAUUAUUCAUUUUUGGGACACAGAUAAACUCUGAUUUGAUCAUUACACAACACAAAUCAUUGAUUGUUAAAAAUGGUUGGUCAACAAAAUGUUUUCCUUUUCCACUGGACUUCCUAAUAAAACAUUUCUAUUGACCCCGUUUCUUGCAUUCAAGUCAAUUAAUUAAGUUGAGGCAGAAUACUAAAUUCCACCCGAUGUCUGACAUUCCAUUAGUGAUUGUUUUAUCCCAGUUUAUAACAUACCGUUUUCAAAUAUAAAAAUAAAAUAUUUUGAUGCAUUAAUACAUUAUCCUCAGACAGUUUUCUAUUCUCAGCGCCAUCUAUGAAUACUGUCUCUCACAUAAUAACAUAACUUACGGCUUACUUCUAACAUUUUUACUAACUUUGAUAAUAAUUGUUAUGAAUGUGAAAUUUUAUUACAUGUGACCGAUUGUUCAAUCGUUGAUUAUUUAUAAAAAUCGUUUCAUCUACUUCAGUUUAGAAAUAAAUUGUAGUCAGAUAUUAACGAUUGAAGUAUCGGUUGUUAAUGUUUCAAGGAUUUGAAAUAAUUAUGAAAACCAAUCAAUUUUUAUUAAUUUUUAUUAUAUCCGUAUUAUUCUAAUUUGCACCUUUGACCAUACAUUUAAAUUAUAUAUUACCUUUAUACACAUUCCCAAGUAAUUUCAUUGUAAUUUAAUCUCCUAUAGCUGUAAGUAAUUCCAGCUUUGUGUAAGUUACCUAAGUUAAAGUUUGUUGCCAUAAUUUAGUAUUAUUCAAUAUAACAAUCAAUUAAUAUUGGUUUGUCCUGUCUCCUACCAAUAUGAAAUUGAAUAUAACCAUUGUAAAUAUUCUUUUAAUUACAACCCUGGGUUUUAUUUAAAAAUGUUUUGAUAAUAUUUAAUAAAAUAAUUUAUUUUAUCCCUUUAAUAUGUAUUUUUUUUAAUGUUUAUGAUAGUAAAACUUGGAGUGUAUGAAAAUAAGUGAAAAGUAACAAAACUGGUAUGAAUUUUAUUCUUAACAGACUGUGCAAGAGUUUACUGUCAUUGUCAUAAACAAUUAUUUUAAAUUAUCUAAUUUAUUUAUGUUUUGUCAAAUUUUUUAAAUCAAUAUAUCUUCCUGUAAAGUUUUACCAUGUAAAUUAUAUUUAUUUUACAGAGUACCUAGCAUUAAAAACUUUAUUGUGAUGAAAUAUUUUAAUGCCAUUUUAGCCUGUCAGUAUGAUACUUAUUAAAUUUGUAACCAAAUGAUGCUAUAGUUAUUAAGAUGUUUUAUUCUAAUUCAAAAAUUUGUAGCAUAUUAAAUGUAUUUGUAGUUUAAAGACUUUGUCUAUUGUGUAUU